AUGAGAAAUCCGCCCUCGCUCCUCUCACUCGCGAUUGACUCUGCCCUCAUUAACUUCUCUCGCAUCUCAGAUCUGUCCUUCGUCCCCGAUCACAUUCUUCUCGAGCUCUUCCUGAGAACGUUAAAAGCUGGAAAACUGAACGAGAAGAUUCUGAAGUUAUUUCUAGCCACUGGCAAAGAAGAAAUUCUUUCUGUAAUUGAAUCGCUCAAUAUUCGACGUAACCUGGUUCCCGUCCUUCCCACCCGAUGCUCGGAAAAACGUUGA